CUGCGGGCCGUAGAAGGGAUAGUCGUUCAUGGCUUAAAAGCGUCUACGGAGACCGUGUAUUCCUUGAGUGUUCUCUUGAAACCCCUGCAUCGACAUGCUGUCUCUCGUCGCUUUUACCGCUCUCGCCUGCGUGCUGACUGUUGGUUUGGCUUCCCCAACUCAGACUACACAAGCAAAACGCGCGACUUGUACAGUCAAUAGCGUUGCAUCGGCAGCAGAUCUUUCCGACUGUACUAGCGUUGUUAUCACUGCUUUCAGUGUUCCCUCCGGCGAAACAGUCACUAUUAAGGCUGCAUCUGGCGCGUCGAUUACGAUGACGGGUUCCGUAACAUUCUCCAAGACUACCGCUUCUGGUCCUCUUUGGACAUUUGAUACCUCCAACGCUAACUUUAAUGGAAACGGCUUCAGUUUCAAAGGAAAUGGCGACUUAUACUGGGAUGGAGAGGGUACUAGCGGUGGUGUCACUAAACCGCAUCCUUUCAUCAAAUUUGAGGGGUAUGGAUCGUUCACCGACUUUAUCAUCAAGAAUUCGCCAGCACACGCUAUCUCUGUCGGGAAGAACACGGAUGGUUUCGAUGUCUCGGCUAGCGAUCUUACCAUCAGCGGAUGCAAAGUUUACAACCAGGAUGACUGCAUUGCCAUUAAUUCUGGCAGCAACAUUGUUUUUGAGAAUAACUUCUGUUCUGGAGGACAUGGUAUCUCCAUUGGAUCUAUCGCGACUGGGAAGACUGUCUCUGGAGUUACAAUCUCCGGAAAUCAGGUCGAGGAGAGCAUGUAUGGAAUGAGAAUCAAAGUGGAUAACGAUGCCACAUCUGCCUCGGUCUCAGACGUCACAUAUUCUGGAAACACCAUAUCCACCAAUGACAAAUAUGGUUUCCUUAUUACUCAAAGUUACUCAGCAGAUUUCGGAACUCCCGGAACUGGAAGUACCAUCUCUGACAUCAAUUUCACGGGCAGUCAGACCAAAAUCACUGUGAGCGGUAACUAUCCGCGUGUUGGAGUAGACUGUGGCCACUGCUCCGGGACCUGGAAUUGGGCUGAGCUUGUUGCGAGCGGGGGUGAAUCUUCUGAUAUUGUCCUGGGUGGCGCGAAGAUCUCCGGAGGCAGUUACUAGGUUUCUGUUUCGAUGUACUGGUCUAGUGUAUCUAUUUUGUGUUUCAAUGCGUAUCAAUGCAAACUUCGAUCAUCCUAAGAGCACUUGUAAAGAGAUCUCAUGUUUGACACUGCAGUGU